AUGACUACAAUCGAUAGUAUAACCGACGAUACAUUCUUCGAUAAGAAGAAGAAAAAGAAAUCUAAAAAUCGGAUUAAUCAUGAUGCACCAUCUGAAACAACAACCACAAUAAGUUCUACAGAUAAUGUGACUGGAGAUGGAACCACUAAUGAUGAAACAGUGGUUGAAAAUGACUUAACAUACGAAUAUCUGAUUAAUCGAGCAUUUGAUGCUAUUGAUAAAAUAAAUCCAAAAAUGCGAAAUCCAGUUAAUGACAAAUUUAUACUUCCACCAGUACAAGUGGGACGUAUUGGUACAAGACGUACAGCAUUUCUAAACUUUGCUUCAAUAUGUGCAGUACUUAAACGACAAGAAAAACAAUUAUAUGAAUAUUUUAUGGUUGAAUUAGGGACAACAGCUUCUAUCGAUGGAAAUCAUGCUUUAAUUAUAAGAGGACGUUUUCAACCAACUCAUAUAGAAAAUAUUCUUCGUUCAUUUAUUAAAACAUAUGUCUUUUGCAAGACAUGUCGUUCUCCUAAUACAUUAUUGGGAAAAUCCGAUCGUUUAACUGUGAUUAAAUGUAAUGCUUGUCAUUCACAAUAUUCUGUUUCCAAUAUCAGAAAAACUGUUCAAACUCAUAAUGGCUCACAUUCGACAGCAAAUUAA